AUGUAUAACAUUAUCGAAGAAUUCUUACAAACUAACAAUGAUCUUAUGCCUAUAAGUCUAAGAAUGGACCAGAGCGAAGGCAUGGGGUCAAACACUAACGUUGUGGUUGGUAAUUUCAAUUCGAUGGGCCAUGCAAAAUCUGGAUCGGAGAUCCUGGUGAAGGAGAUGUAAUCAAUUGGGAAUUACCAUGAACCCAAGGCCAGGAAGCCUUGCAUAAUCAAAAAACAAAGAGAAAAAUGGACAGAGGAAGAACAUCAGAAGUUCCUUGAAGCCUUGAAAUUGUAUGGUCAUGGUUGGCGUCAAAUAGAAGAACAUGUAGGAACCAAAACUGCAGUUCAGAUUCGAAGUCAUGCUUAAAAGUUCUUUCCUAAGGUAGUUCGAGGGUCAACUGGAAGCAAUGAAGACUCCAUGAAACCAAUUGAGAUUCCUCCACCAAGGCCAAAGAGGAAGCCUAUGUCUCCUUAUCCUCGAAAAUCAGUUGAUUUUCUUAAAGGAAUGUCAGUAUCAAAUCGAACUGAAAGGUUUUCAUCUCCUAAGGAAGGCACAAAAUCUCCCAUUUCAGUUUUAUCUACUCUUGGUUCAGAAGCUAUGGAGGCUCCAGCUUCAGAUUAGCAUAGCAAAAGCUCUCCUUCAUCAACUUUAUGUACUACUGAUAUGCAUUCUCGCAGUUUGUCUCCUCUUGAAAAGGAGAAUGAUUACACGACAUCAAACUCUUCUGCAGAAGAAGGGAAAGGAUCUUUGCCUAUCUUGGAGAAUGUAUUGUGCAUGAUAAAUUCAAACUAGGUUCCAAGGAUACUGUGUGCUAAAGAAGAAGCUCUUGAGAUGUGAGCUUCCACAAGUAUCAAGCUUUUUGGAAGGACUGUUUCACAGUUGGAUCCUUAGAAAGAAUCUCCUCCUGGUGCGGAGUAUUGUAAGGUAUCAACAUCUAAUACUGAACCAGCCGAUUCUGACGUUGAGGAUGAGAAGGUUGUUCAAACAUUACUCUCAGAUAAAUUAGACACAUGUUUGUCUCUUAGUGGAGUUAAUCCAUUGCCAUGUGGUGCUUUGAUUAUUCAAAUGGAGAACCAGAAAGAGAGCCCGAAGUCUGUAAUGCUGUGGUGGACUAUGUACCAAGUACCAUUUUAUUAUCUCCCUGGAUAUAACCAAACUGCAGUUGAGACAGUAAAUUCUUGUGUGGAUGAAAGAAUGAAACACAAGGAAAGAUCUUGCUCUGAUUCGAAUGAGGGAUGAUUUGGAGUCGAAAAUGUAGGAGAGAAGAAUAUAGAGACUGUUGAUUCUUCAUGUCCCGAACCUCGUUUUGAGGAAAGAGUUAGCCUUUGUAGUUUUAGGAAGGGGUUUGUGCCAUACAAGCGAUGUUUAGCAGAAAGAGGUAUGGAUUCUUCAGUGAGAGUUUCGAAAGAGAGGGAGAGACAACGGACUUUGGUUUGCUCAUAAUUCUCACUGCUAAAUUUUCUCUUGAACUUGCAUCUAGUUAUUUGCUUCUUUGCCUCUAAUUGUAGAAUGUUAGCAGGACUACUAGAUGUAAAAGGAUGUAGAUGUAAAAGGAUGCAAGUAGCACAAACUCAUCUUCGUUUUUGAUUUGUUAGUAUUUUUGCCUCUAGCUCAUCAUCAUCAUAUGCAGAAGAUGGCAAAGACGUUGAGAGCUAAUUGGGGUUGUGCAUUAAUAGUACUCUAUCCUUAUAGUUUGCAUGGUUCAAGAUUGACUAGAAGCCCAGAGGAAGAAAAGGUACAAGCGUUUAUGGGGCUUUGAAAUCUUUCAUGGUCAUUCAAGUUGAGCACAAAACUGUAAUUGUCAAUUUUCCAUGUUGUCUAGUAUGUUUAAAAGGUAUUUUACUGGCUUUGUUGCAAAUAGUUAUAAUUUUAUGGUAGACUAAUUUUUUUGGGGUUAAAUUAAACUCUUUUGAAGUAAUAAUGUAUGCUGUUAUUUA